AUGGAAAACGCAGAAUUGCAAGUUUCUGCCUCGGGGGGCACUGAAGAUGUUGCCAACUUUGUUGAGAAUCACUUAUCAGCUGGAGACCGGAGCCUAGAGGGGAACAAAGGGGUACUUUGCCCAGACUCUGUACCUCCUGAGAAGACUGUUCUCCUCCAGCCUGCAGACAGCAAUGAGGCAGCAGCCCAGGAAAGGAGCGGAAUGCCACAUGACUGUGGUUCCAAGACAGGUGCUGAUAUAAAUAUCGCUGUUGAUGGCUCGAACAAUGAGAGCCAAGAGGAGGACAAUGACGUGAACGUUGCUAAUGCUUCUUCGUCGGUUUCAGAAUGUGACACUGCCACAGGCAGCAAUGCUGAUGGAGGUGAGAUUGUGGCGAGAGAGCCAGAGCCAGCAGAAGGGACUCCUCUCCCAGGGGAAGACACGGAAGAGCUGCUGGCCAAAGAACAGCCCGGAGGCAGCAGGAGCGAAGCUGCAAAGGAGAGCAAGGAGGAGGGGGAGCUCCAUGCGGCAGGGGUGGAGAUCAGUCUGGAAGAGGCUGGGAGUGAAGAGGACAGGCAAAACUCUCCUCCCGCCACAGCAGGGAGUUUUGAAGAGAGCACCCGACUGCCUGCAGAGGAGAGGCAGGUUUCCCAGCGUGGUACAAAGGCUCUGGCUAGAGAGGAGGUAGCAGCAGCAGAGCACCACUCAGGGCCUGAUGAUGGCAAAGAUGCUGCUGAAAAGGAAAGUGAAGUCAGCGAGGCCUCCCAGAGGAGCACGCCGCCCUCGCCGGCCAGCGGGGAAUCGCCCCCUCAGGGAGAUGCACAUAGCGCUGAACCUGCUCUAGCAGAGCCAGGAACUCUUGAGGAAGAGGGGACACAGCCGGAAGAAGGCUCUAAAGAAGACAAGAGCCGUAUUCCACAUGCCAGCCAAGGUGCCGAAUCUCACGUGCAAGGUAGGAAUCAUGCAAACAAGCAAGACAAAGAAGUCUCUAGCUCAGAGACCAGUCAUGUCUCUGGGGACCCUCUCGGGGGCAAUGGACUAGCUGUAAAAGAGAAGGAACCUGAUUCAGGCAACAGAACUGGUGACAGUCCUGAGGGGGAGACCGCCACUGAUGGCCAGCCAGCGGAAAGGGACCGAGAGGAACCAGGCACUGCCUCGGCUGAGGGAGUGGAAGAAAACCCUAACUUGGAAGCAGAAAAGUCUGAAGAAAGUUCAGAGGAAGAGGAUGAUGACCAGGAAAAGUCUGAGGAAGAGGGUGAUGACUCAGCAGAGGAAGAGGGUGAUGACUCAGCAGAGGAAGAGAAAGAGGGGGCUGGCCUGGCAAAGGAAGAGGGUGGUGAUCCGGCAGAGGAAGAGGGGGCUGGCCUGGCAGAGGGGGAAGAGGGUAGUGAUCCGGCAGAGGAACAGGGGGCUGGCCUGGCAGAGGAAGAGCGUGGUGAUCCAGCAGAGGAAGAGGGGGCUGGCCCGGCAGAGGAAGAGGGUGGUGAUCCGGCAGAGGAAGAGGGGGCUGGCCUGGCAGAGGAAGAGGGUAGUGAUCCGGCAGAGGAAGAGGGGGCUGGCCUGGCAAAGGAAGAGGGUGGUGAUCCAGCAGAGGCAGAGGAAGAGGGGGCUGGCCUGGCAGAGGAAGAGGAGGAAGAGGCUGAAGAAGUCAUUGCCCCAGAUGUCCAAGAGGCUGCUAGUGACAUGGAAGACCAUGGCCAUGUCAAAGAGGAAGAGAUCAGUGAAGUGGAAGCUGAGUCUGAUUCUGCAGGCCAGGAGAAUGCACCCCGCAGAGACAUGGAGCAGGACAAAGAUCACUCUCACAAUAGUAACCCAGCUGUAGCAGGAAGCCUUUCUGUGGAUGCGCAGUUAGUGGCAGAAACAGACAGCCCACCUGGCAACAACCGUCCUCCUGCUGGUGCUGUGCCUGACCCCAGACAAAUAGAAGAGACAGAAGAUGUUGGGGAGACUGCCAAGAGGGACCGUUCCCAUAUAGAGAGCACCCUUAAACUGAGUGAGGCUAAACCUGCAGACGACUACUCAGCAACACUGCAGCGGUUGAGGAAGAUCUACCACUCCUCCAUCAAACCCCUGGAGCAGUCCUACAGAUACAACGAGCUCAGGCAGCAUGAGAUCACAGCUUACCACGGACGUACCCUGGGCUCCUCAGCCACAGACGGGGAGAUUACGUCCAAGCCAAUGGUGCUGUUUUUGGGACCAUGGAGCGUUGGCAAAUCCACCAUGAUAAACUACCUCCUAGGGCUGGACGACACGCCCUACCAGCUGUACACAGGGGCCGAACCCACCACCUCUGAGUUCACGGUCAUCAUGCACGGCCCAAAGCUGAAGACCAUCGAGGGCAUCGUGAUGGCUGCUGACAGCGCACGCUCCUUUUCGCCCCUCGAAAAGUUUGGGCAGAACUUCCUGGAGAAGCUGAUCGGGAUAGAGGUGCCUCAUAAGCUUUUAGAGCGGGUCACCUUUGUAGACACACCGGGCAUCAUUGAAAACCGCAAGCAACAGGAACGAGGUUACCCAUUCAAUGACGUGUGCCAGUGGUUCAUCGACAGAGCCGACCUCAUCUUUGUCGUCUUUGACCCUACAAAGCUGGAUGUGGGGCUGGAGCUGGAGAUGCUGUUUCGCCAGCUGAAGGGCCGGGAGUCUCAGAUAAGAAUAAUCUUGAACAAAGCGGACAGUCUCGCCACCCAGGAGCUUAUGAGAGUCUAUGGCGCCUUGUUCUGGAGCUUGGCUCCUCUGAUCAAUGUCACUGAACCUCCCAGGGUCUAUGUCAGUUCCUUCUGGCCCCCAGAAUAUCACCCUGAAACCCACAAGGAUCUGUUCCUUAAAGAAGAGAUCUCACUCCUGGAAGACCUUAACCAGGUGAUUGAAAACAGGCUGGAGAAUAAGAUUGCCUUCAUCCGCCAACAUGCCAUCCGGGUUCGCAUCCACGCUCUCCUGGUCGACCGCUAUCUGCAAACCUACAAGGACAAAAUGACCUUCUUCAGUGACGGGGAGCUGGUAUUCAAGGACAUUGUGGAAGACCCUGACAAGUUCUACAUCUUCAAGUCUAUCCUGGCAAAGACCAAUGUCAGCAAGUUUGAUCUCCCCAACCGCGAGGCUUAUAAGGACUUCUUCGGCAUCAAUCCCAUCAGCAGCUUCAAGCUGCUAGCUCAGCAGUGCUCCUACAUGGGAGGAUGUUACCUGGAGAAGAUCGAAAGGGCCAUUACUCAUGAGCUUCCUGAUCUCUUGGGGAGUAUUGGCUUGGGGAAGAAGCCCAGUGUUCUCUCCUGUGACACAACUGGCUGUGGUGAAACCCCAAGAAACCGCUAUAGGAAACCAUAA